CGGGAUCUUAACAAGGCAAGUCCAAAAGACAAUUUCCCACUGCCGAACAUCCACAUAUUGAUUGAUAAUUGUGCCAAACAUGAGAUUGGUUCUUUUGUGGAUUGUUACGCGGGGUACCACCAGAUCUUAAUGGAUGAGGAGGAUGCAGAAAAGACGACAUUCAUCACGCCGUGGGGAACAUACUGUUAUCGGGUCAUGCCGUUUGGUUUGAAAAAUGCUGGGGCAACCUAUAUGAGGGCAAUGACAACAAUAUUCCAUGAUAUGAUACACAAGGAAAUUGAGGUGUACGUGGAUGAUGUGAUCGUGAAGUCUAGAAAGCAGUCUGACCACGUCAAGGAUCUGAGGAAGUUCUUCCAAAGGCUUCGCAGGUACAAUCUUAAGCUCAAUCCUACAAAGUGCGCUUUCGGAGUGCCAUCUGGAAAGUUGUUGGGGUUUAUAGUCAGCCGCCGGGGUAUUGAACUAGACCCAUCAAAGAUCAAGGCUAUUCAGGAAUUGCCACCUCCGAGGAACAAGACUGAGGUGAUGAGUCUGUUGGGGAGAUUGAAUUAUAUCAGCAGGUUCAUUGCUCAGCUCACGACAACUUGUGAGCCAAUCUUCAAACUGUUAAAGAAAGAUGCUGCAGUCAAGUGGACGAAUGAAUGUCAGGAGGCUUUUGAUAAGAUAAAAGGGUAUUUGUCGAACCCACCCGUGUUGGUCCCGCCAGAACCAGGGAGGCCUUUGAUUCUAUAUUUGACGGUUUUGGAUAAUUCAUUUGGCUGUGUACUGGGGCAACAUGAUGUUACUGGCAGAAAAGAGCAAGCGAUUUAUUACCCCAGCAAGAAGUUCACAUCUUACGAGGUGAAGUAAACUCAACUUGAGAGGACGUAUUGUGCCUUAACCUGGAUAGCGCAGAAAUUGAAACAUUAAUUGUCAUCAUACACCACCUAUCUCAUUUCUCGGUUGGACCCGUUGAAGUACAUUUUUCAGAAGCCCAUGCCCACGGAGAGGCUUGCAAAGUGGCAGAUCCUGCUUACAGAAUUUGACAUUGUCUACGUGACUCGGACCGCAAUGAAAGCACAGGCCUUGGCGUAUCAUUUGGCCGAGAAUCCAGUUGAUGAGGAUUAUGAACCUUUGAAGACUUAUUUCCCUGAUGAAGAGGUGAUGCACAUUGAUGAGUUGGAACAAGUUGAGAAGCCGGGAUGGAAACUUUUCUUUGAUGGGGCUGCCAACAUGAAAGGCGUGGGGAUAGGAGCAGUACUUAUCUCUGAAACAGGGCAGCACUACCCUGUUACAGCUCAGCUUCGUUUCUAUUGUACUAACAACAUGGCAGAAUAUGAGGCAUGUAUCUUGGGUCUGAGGUUAGCUGUAGAUAUGGGUGUCCGGGAAGUCUUGGUCAUGGGUGACUCGGACCUACUGGUACACCAAAUUCAAGGAGAAUGGGAAACACGGGACUUGAAGCUUAUACCGUACCGACAAUGCUUGCAUGAUCUUUGUCAACGGUUUCAGUCAAUAGAGUUCAGGCACAUUCCAAGGAUUCAUAAUGAGGUCGCCGAUGCUUUGGCUACUUUGGCGUCAAUGUUGCAUCAUCCAGAUAAGGCUUACGUGGACCCUUGGCAGAUUCAGGUCCGCGAUCAGCAUGCUUAUUAUAAUGUGGUGGAAGAGGAACUUGACGGUGAGUCGUGGUUUCAUGACAUCAAGGAAUAUAUCAGGAUGGGGAUGUAUCCGGUACAGGCCACAGGUGACCAGAAAAGAACGAUUCGACGGUUGGCAAGCGAGUUUUUCUUUAGUGGUUCAGUGUUGUACAAAAAAACUCCAGAUCUUGGGUAGUUAAGAUGCAUUAAUGCGAGGCAGGCCACAACUAUCAUGACUGAGGUACAUUCCGGAGUUUGUGGACCGCAUAUGAGUGGGUACGCUCUGGCAAAGAAAUUCUUCGAGCAAUGUAUUAUUGGCUUACUAUGGAGUGGGAUUGUAUCAGAUUCGUACGCAAAUGUCAUCAGUGCCAAGUGCAUGGAGAUUUGAUUCAUUCUCCACCAUCAGAAUUACACACGAUGUCAGCACCGUGGCCUUUCGUUGCAUGGGGCAUGGAUGUCAUUGGGCCAAUUGAGCCAGCAGCGUCAAAAAGCACAGGUUCAUUUUAGUGGCUAUAGAUUAUUUUACCAAGUGGGUAGAGGCUAAAACGCUCAAGUCUGUAACCAAGAAAGCUGUGGUGAAUUUUGUGCAUUCAAACAUUAUCUGUCGGUUUGGGAUACCAAAGGUGAUCAUUACAGACAAUGGAGCUAAUCUCAAUAGUCAUUUGAUGAAAGAGACAUGUGAGCAGUUCAAGAUUACCCAUCACAAUUCUACCCCAUACCGCCCUAAGGCAAAUGCUGCGGUUGAGGCGGCCAACAAGAAUAUAAAGAAGAUACUUCGGAAAAUGGUAGAUGGUUCUAGACAGUGGCAUGAAAAGCUGCCUUUUGCAUUGUUGGGGUACCGCACCACUGUUCGAACUUCAGUAGGGGCGACUCCUUAUUCAUUGGUGUAUGGCACCGCAGCAGUGAUACCCGCAGAAGUGGAAAUCCUGUCCCUUCGAAUUAUCGCGGAGGCUGAGAUCGAUAAUGAUGAAUAGGUGAAAACCUGCCUGGAACAGUUGAGUUUGAUCGAUGAGAAAAGAUUGGCAUCAGUGUGUCAUGGCCAAUUGUACCAACAAAGAAUGGCAAGAGCGUACAACAAGAAAGUGCGUCCGAGGAAGUUUGAAGUGGGACAGUUAGUGCUGUGACGUAUUUUGCCUCAUUGGGCUGAAGCAAAAGGAAAGUUCGUCCCAAACUGGCAGGGGCCAUUUGUUGUAACCAGAGUGUUGUCUAAUGGUGCACUAUAUUUGACGGAUGUGGAAGGAAAAUGUGUAGAAAUGGCUAUCAAUUCCGAUGCGGUCAAAAGAUACUAUGUAUGAU